AUGUCGGCGCCGCUGUUCUUGCUCUGCAACAGCAGCUCCGCCGCGGGCACGACCGCAUCUCCCGAGGUCGACGCCCACGGUCGCCGUCACGCCUGCCGGCGGAGCUGCCCCCUGGCGCUGAUUUUUCACCCCCGUGCUCCUCGUCCCCGUCUCUCCCACGCUCGUCCGCAGCUUACCCACGCACGUUUUUCACCCCUUUAUGGGUCACGGCUCCGCCAUCCGCCACCGCCCGCCGGCUCAUCCGCGUCGUUGCGACAGGGUGAAAGAAAAGGACCCUUCUGCUGCCCCCAAGUUGGCGCGGUUGCAGGAGGCGGCGGUGGUGGAGUCGCGGAGCCGGCAGACCAUGGAGAUGGCCCUGGCGAUGGAAGCAACAGUGGGGGAAAGGGCGACGGAAACAGCGGCCGCGGUGAUCGAGGAUGGUAUGGCCCAUUCAACUACGAUGGGUGGAUGGCCCGGUUAUUGUGGUGGGGCGGCGAGGUCAAGAAGGAGGCUUUCUGUUCGAGAAAUGGAGCCCUCGCUUCCUUCUUGCCGCUCCUGUGCCUGUCCUGGUUCGGGCUAUCUCAGCUCUCCCCUGCCGCCCUUGCAAGAAGCUAUGGCGGCGGCAGCUACUCCUCUGUUUGGGAGAUCAGGGGCGGUAAGUGGACGAUGCUGGUGCCAGGCCCUUCUGGCGAGGAUUUUGUCAUGGUCACUGAUGGCGGCAAAGAGGGGGACGACCGCAUCGAGGAGCUGUUUCUCCGGUGCUGGAGGCAGGUUAAGGAGGCCUUUGUGAGGCUGAUGCUCCCGGAGGGGUACCCCGCGAGCGUUACCUCCGACUACCUGGAGUACUCUCUGUGGAGGGGCGUCCAGGGCAUCGCGAGUCAAGUCAGCGGUGUGCUCUCCACCCAGGUGGGCAUCUCCCUCUUCUCCUCUCAGUUCACUCCGGGGGCAUCGGAAGUGGAUGAACCCAGUUGGAAGUCCUCAUUGAUCCUUUUUCUGGGAUAAGAACACUGAAUUUGAGGUCGGAAUGCUCAUUCUGUAGCGUGUUUCUGAUGCGCCGAUUGCAGUGGUCUUUUAAUUUGAUCUCGAAUCCUUCUUUUUAGUCACCCAGGUUUUGCUUAUUCAUCAGUUAGAGCUCUGUCCAACGCUGUGGUGAGGAUGAAAGCCGAUCAAUUCGUACUCUUCAUUGCUGUUCAUCCUAUUUCGCAGGCCCUGCUCUAUGCUGUCGGAUUGGGCAAAGGCGCUAUUCCGACGGCUGCCGCUAUCAAUUGGGUACUCAAGGAUGGUCUCGGGUACCUGAGCAAGAUCAUGCUGUCAAAAUACGGGCGCCACUUUGACGUCAGCCCCAAGGGCUGGAGGUUGUUCGCUGACCUCCUGGAGAACGCGGCCUAUGGGAUGGAGAUUCUGACGCCCGCGUUCCCUCAUCUCUUCGUCCUGAUCGGGGCGGCUGCCGGCGCUGGUCGCUCCGCCGCAGCUUUGAUUCAGGCAUGCUCUUGAAAUUCGUAACGUCGAUAACUGAUCCCUUUUCAUUUACCCAUUUUCUGCCGAAACCGAAUUCUCUCUGCUGAAGCUUCUUUCUCAUUUUAAUUUGCAAAGAUCCUUUGAUACUCCGUGAUUUCAGCUUCAUACGGUUUAAGCUAAACCAGCCUGCCCACCUGGUUGUUCUUCACGACACUCCAAGCAAAGAUGCAGGCAGCUUCAUUUCAUGAUUAGAGUGCUCCCUAGAAUCCCUGCUUCGUAUAGAUCAGGGAGCAGGUAGAAUCCCAAAACUGGAGAAAAUCGACGCCUUCAUCUUUUUCUGUCGGAUUGGAGAGAGCCACCUUUGGGAUUCGACCUCCAAGUCUGACGGGCUAUAAAUGGUCCUGAUUAUCUUUCUCCUCCAAGCCGUCACCUCCUGCACGAGCCCCCACAUUGUUCAGAGGCUUCCGAUGCUCAACUCAUCUCAUUCGGGCAGAGGGUUCCGAUGCUCUUCCCUAUUAUGCACGGCAUCCUCAUCAUCUUCAUCAUUCCGAGGAAAAAUAGUGAACUGUCUUCAUUUAUGCUAUUCCGGUGCCUCCUUCAGCCAUCCUCCAUCCACGCUCAACACGCCACUCCUCGUUCUCCGUAUCACGAGAAGGUCGUCCUCCUGCUUUUAUUUUAUGCUUUCAUCCCGGGUUCAAGUUCACAUUUGCGAAUUACACCAUUCAUGGCCGCGAGAAAAUCUUACUCCCCGGUCUCUGCUGCCUCUGGUGCCAUUCCCUGGUCUAAACCCGUCAUCCCCUUCUCAGGCGGCGACGAGAAGCUGUUUCUACGCGGGUUUCGCCGCCGAGAGGAAUUUCGCAGAAGUAAGCGCCGUUUCGAGUCCAUUCUUCGCGCCGAGGCGUUGGCCUUUCUUCGCUGCAUGAAUUAUCUGUUCCUGCUGUCUUCGCAGGUGAUAGCGAAGGGGGAGGCACAGGGAAUGGUGAGCAAGUUCCUCGGCAUCACGCUGGGGAUAUCCCUGGCCAAUGCGAUCGGCUCCUCCACGCCUCUGGCUCUCGCCGCCUUUGGCGCGGUGACAGCCGUCCACAUGUACUGCAACCUGAAGUCGUACCAGUCCAUUCAACUGCGGACCUUGAACCCGUAUCGCGCGAGUGAGCUUCAUCUCCCGCAUGGUGUUGACUUCCGCAUCCUGGUUUUCGUCAGUCUGACACCGAACAGGUCUGGUUUUCAGCGAGUAUUUACUGAGCGGGCAAGUCCCCGGGAUAAAGGAGGUCAACGACGAGGAGCCGCUGUUCACCGACAUCCCCAUCGACAUAAAACCCGCGAGCAACGUGGGUUCCUUCUCCCUUCCGUUUGUUUCUUCGCCGCAUCCCCGGAUUUGAUGUUCAUUCUGUGGGCGCGCAGGGCCAGCCCAAGGUUCUCUCCGCCGAGGCCAAGGACGCCGCUCUGCAGAUCGUCCGGCGGCUGCAACUCGGAGCCCGGCUCAGCGAGCUCGUCGGGCGGAGGGAGGAGGCGCUUGCCCUGUUCGAUCUCUUCAGAGACCAGCCCUACCUGCUCUUGGAGGCCCGGGGGCAGUUCUACGUAAGUGAAGCGCGAUCUGCAUUUAGCCGGGAGGAGCAAGAAGAUGGAAGAAACAAAAAAAGAAGUGACCUUGGUCCUCUUUCAGGUGGUGCUUAAAGAAGACUCGACGCCGGAGGACAUGCUCAAGUCUCUGUUCCACGUGAGUUACCUGUACUGGCUGGAGAGGAACCUCGGGUCGGAGCCGAGAGGCGUCGCGGAGGACUGCGGGAGGGGCGGGAGGCUGCGGAUGUCUCUGGACUACGUCCAGAGGGAGUUUGGGCACGCCCAGCUCGACGGGUGGCGGCUCGGGUGGACGACCGACGGGCUAAUUGCGAGGCCGCUCCCGAACCGGAUACGCCUCGGCGGGGUCGAACCCUCUCCGGUUGGCGGCUCGUGA